AUGGCGGUGGCGGAGGCGAGGACGCCCCGGCGGCGCCACGGGAGCAUGGCGCUCGCCGACCUGCUGCUGCGGGAGGCCUCGGCGGAGCGGGCCGACGCGGCGGGGGGCGAGCGGCCCGGGGUCGCGGCGGGGCAGGCGGCCCGGGCCAGGAAGGGCGAGGACUACGCGCUGCUCAAGCAGGGCUGCGAGCGCCACCCGGGCGCCUCCUUCUCCGCAUUCGCCAUGUUCGACGGCCACAACGGGGCCGCCGCCGCGGUCUACGCCAAGGAGCGGCUCCUCGCCAAUGUGCUCGGCUGCGUCCCCGCCCACCUCACCAGGGACGAGUGGCUCGCCGCGCUGCCCAGGGCGCUCGUCGCCGGCUUCGUCAAGACCGACAAGGAUUUCCAGACAAGAGCGCACUCUUCGGGGACAACCGUGACGCUCGUCAUAAUCGACGGCUCCGUUGUGACCGCCGCAUCCGUCGGUGAUUCUCGAUGUGUCCUUGAAGCAGAGGGUUCAAUUUACUACUUGUCGGCUGAUCAUCGUUUUGAUGCUAGCGGGGAGGAAGUUGGACGUGUAACAGAAUGUGGAGGUGAAGUUGGCAGGCUAAAUAUUGUUGGUGGAGCUGAGAUUGGCCCCCUUAGAUGUUGGCCAGGAGGUUUAUGCCUAUCAAGAUCAAUUGGUGAUCAGGAUGUUGGUGAAUUUAUCAUUCCUGUUCCUUUUGUGAAGCAGAUCAAGCUAUCUAGUGCUGGAGGUCGUCUAAUUAUUUCAAGUGACGGUGUUUGGGAUGCCUUGACUGCGGAAAUGGCUUUUAGUUGCGCACGAGGGCUUCCUCCAGAGGCUGCAGCGGAUCAAAUUGUCAAAGAAGCAGUGGAUGCAAAAGGAUUAAGGGAUGAUACAACUUGUAUUGUUAUUGACAUAAUACCGCCAGAAAAACCGAAAUCCACUAUACAUUCUCGAAAGAAGGCACGGAAUGGCUUUAGUCUUUUGAAAAAUAUAUUCAUCAGAAAAAGAACAUCAGACACAUUAUCACGUGCUGAUACGGAGCGUACUUCUGAGCCCGACUUGGUGGAGGAAGUCUUUGAGGAUGGAUGCCCAUCUCUGCUAAGAUGGCUAGACUCCGAGUAUCCAGUCCGAAAUAUGUUCAAGCUCUUUGUAUGUGCAAUUUGUCAAGUAGAGCUAGAGUCUGGUCAAGGGAUAUCGAUACACGAGGGUUUGUCAAAGCCAGGAAAGGUGUGUCCCUGGGAUGGUCCGUUCCUUUGUCACAGUUGCCAGGAAAAGAAAGAAGCAAUGGAGGGAAAGCGGCCCUCACGCGGAUUCCUCCUCAAGAAACAGUGGGUCAAGCGAGUAGUAACCGAGGGCAAGAGUCAUCUUGAAGCAACCAUCUAA